GAAUCUAAAUUGAUACAGUUUUCUAAAGUGUAUUUUUUGCCUGUAUCAUAUGACAUUAUGAUACCGUGUAGCUGUUUGGUCUGUGUCUUCUGUACUUCCUGUGUUUAGUUCUCUCAGCUGUGUGGAUAUUCGUCGUCUGUGCUUUUUGGCUGCUCUCAGCGCCCGUACCUUAAUUUCAGGAAUAGAUGCGCAUCAAAAUCUGAACAUCCACCGAAGAGACGGUAGAAACUCUACCAGUUAACGCGAACUUAUAUGAUACGCGACGAACGAUGUGAUGGGAAACUGAUACUGAUACUUAAGGAACUCCAGCCUCGCGGAUUGUGGGCCUCAACCAAUUUCCGGGUCACGUGGUGGACGCACAACGAGCGAAGUGGAUACCGCUUACCGGCCGUAGUUUUUACAGUAGUUGCGCACCGACAUCUAACCGGGGCUGGCCUUGGUUUGGAAACGGCGGCUCACAUGACCGCAGCGGUGCAGCCUUCCAGCGCUGAACAGCCGUGCUGGUGCCGACUCCCAGCGGCACACCGAGCCCAGCGGCUCAGCGAGGUGAAUAACGGCUGAGCGGAGCCGGUGGGAGGUUUGGUGUGACUGGUUGUUUGAGGGUGUGUUAGACGGUGUGACUGGGUCUGUGUGCCGUUCCCGCAGGUUGACGAUGUUCUCAUGAUGUAGGCCGGUAAUCCUGCUGGAGGACAGAGAGGUGGAGUUUCUACACCUGUAGAGAAAACACAGCAGUCACAGUCACAGGCCAAAGAAAGAGGCUUCUGUAAUUCAUGUGCCCCUUGGUCUCUGCUGGGCAAGAUGAGUACAGGCCGACCCAAACGGAAUAUCAUCAAGAAAAAAUAUGACAUCAGUGAUGGGAUGCCGUGGUGUGAAGAACGUCUGGUUCGCAAAGUUCUUUUCCUCUCCCUCAGGGAAUUCAGAGACACACACCGCACCACACACAAACAUUCACACAUACACACGCGCGCGCACAAACGCACAUCAAAAAACGCACUCUUACACGCUCCGCGAAAGGCACAGACGCUGCCUAACACGCACAGCCAGAAAAACACACGUACGAGACAGAGUGUCCACGCGUCACAGCAAAGAGUCACACACAGACCACUAAGCACACACACGCCGAAAAAAACACACAGUUCACAAAAUAUGCACAUUUCAAAACACAUACACCGUCAUGAACAUGGUAACAAAGGGCAAAAAACGAACUUGUCUCAGGACUCACACACACCAAAAACUAAAUCUACCUACACACUCCAGAACAUGCAGACACAGUCCAAAAUAUGUACAGGGAAAGUUACACACAACGCGCAGCAUACAGACAUGCAAGGAAACACACACACGUUCCAGAGGAAUUCUGCAUCAACCAGGACACUACGCUCACACAAAACACAAAAUAGUCCGUCGCUGAUGAACUCCAAAUACGCAGAAAGUGAAAAACAGCAGCACAAGCACUCAGUGAAAGACACACAGACACUGCUGAGCCCUCCAGUCCAGGCCAGGACUCUGAGAUCACACACUCCCACAAGCCUCAGUGGCUCCCUGGUAAAUGGCAUCAGCCGGUGUCAGUCCCUCCUGUCAGCUAGUCCGAGCUGGAGCUGGCCCUUACAGACACGCCCUCAACAGCGCCGCCCUGCCAGCAUUCAUCGUGACAAGGACGACCCUGCCAGCAAGAGACCAAGACUGCAGGCACAGAGGAAGUUUGCCCAGUCGCCUCCCAACUCUCCAGGACCGUCAGUGUUGGUGACAUCAGCCCGGAAUAACCACAGCCACAACCUAGCUGUGGUCACCUGUCUGACCAGACGUCGACCCAAGACUGAGGACUUCCUGUCUUUUCUCUGUUUGAGGGGUUCAGCAGCGUUGCCUAGCAACAUGGCCUUCUUAGGAAGUGGACGAGAGAAGGAGCCAGCUGACACUCAGCAACUUACUUCCUGUCUUUCCACCAAUCACAGGACUGCAGCUGACAGGAGGAACAUGAGCAUAUUCAGUAGAACAGCAGGGCAACGGGACUCUAGGUCUCUGAGAGGGAGGUCUGGUGGAUCUGCAGCUGUAAGCUCCUUCUGCCCUAUAACUGCCCGAGCACAGAGCAGGAGGGAGAGGGAGGGGAGAGAGCAGGAGCAGCAGAGGAGGAGGAAACAGAGGAUGGAGGAGGACGGGAGAGAGGGAGCUGAGAGACACCUCCUGAGACCUCGCCAGCUCUCCCUACAGGUCAGGAGGACUAACAAGGUUGCCAUGGUGACUGGACUCACUCAACAAAGAACCUCCUGUAUCAGGUCAGUCCCUCCCGUAAAGCCUAGUGCAGGGGUUGGCAGCAGACGAUCCCCCAGGCCCUGCACAAGGCCUAGCAAUACCUGUAAACCAAGAGGCCAUUCUCAAAGCAGACCCCAGGAAACCAACAACAAACACCUCUCCCGGCAUAGCAACCACCAGCUGCCUCGCAAACAGCCCCUUCCCCUCCAUCAACGAACAGUCUCUAAUUACUAUAGCAACCCCAAGACCUUCAGUAGUCUCCAGAACUCAGGAAGAAAUUCAAGCAGGACUUCAGCUCAGAUACCAUUGACUAAUGGCUCAGUCAUCAGACAGCUAAAUGAGAGCCCUGGGGUCCUGAGGUUGUCCAGAAGGAGGAGAGGCCUCCCACCAGACACCAGCCCUGCCCCUCCCAAUCAGGUUCCUUUGGACAGCAACUCAUCAAAGAGGUGCAGAGCACUGCAAUACAACAGUGGUGAUGUCUCACUGGAGAAUCACUGCCAUAUUGGUGAAAUGCCACAGGAGAAGGGCAACGGUGAUAAAGAUGUUAGAGAGGAGUAUGUGAGCCAUUUGGGUAAAACCACUGGUAGCCACAAUGAAGAACUUAGACAAGAGGGAUGUGGCCAUGUUGGAGAGAUGAGACUUGAGGGGGGCAGUUGUAUUAGUGAAGACCUACAGGUCAAGGUAAAUGUUGGAGAGUUGAAUUUGGCAGGUGUCACUGCUCUGGAGUCCUCUCAGGAAAGGGUCAACUUAACCAACGUCAUCACGAACUAUGACCUCAGCCCUGUCAGUGAGGUCAUAUGCAGACAUGCGAGAGAAAAAAGACUCCAGAGAAAUCAGCCUUCAUCUGCAAUCCCUAAGCCAAUUACCAGGACUACUGAUUCUAGGACUGCUGCCAGAGCUGCUACUGCUAGGACUACUGUAACUAAAGCUGCUAUCAACUCAGUGACAUCUGCAUACGUACAGAGUGACCCAUCAGGCAGUUAUUCUGCCAAGCACACUGCUAAGGGAACUAACAAAGGUACUAGCAAGGACAUUACCAAGUGUACUUCACCAGCCAGCAGUUACUCUAUCCAUAGUUCCAAAGGUACUGCAAAAGACUCUUCCAAUGGUACCACAGAGGACUUGUCUAAGGACAGUGCACCUGUCAGUAGCUAUUCUAGCACUUCCAAGGGCUCUACAAAGGGCCUUACCCAGACCAAGUCUACUACCUCAGCAAUUAAGACCAGGACCAGCCCCAGAAUCCUAUUGAAGCGCUAAUUAACACCUGAGCUACAUCUGAAAACAUUCACAGAUUCACUGUUCACUAUACUGAGAAUUAAUGCUGAAGACAGUUAGAAGAAUAUUUAAAACAACACUGGAUGCUAUUACAGGUGAUGCAUGAUGAUGGUUGUUGGCUGGUUGGAUAGUGACAUAGUGACUAUGGCCUGUUCUCUAUAUCUGUCAGUGACUGUGUGAUCAUUUUAAGUAAAAUAAAUAAAGUUGAAUAAAUAAUUGGAGGACAGUGUAAUGGCAGACAUGUUGUGUAGUGGAUUGUGUAGUGAAAGGGCACUGAUUUCUGAUGCUUCCCUGCUGUAUCUGAAGUAGUAGCUUGAUAUUUUUGUAUUAUUCACAAGGAAAAGGCCCUGGUUUUAUCGAAGCACAUACAUCAAGCUGAGUCAGUCUGCAGAACAGUUUUCAGUAGCUUAUUUUAGAGACAGCUGUUUUGCAUACGGCUAUACGCCUUUGCUCUGGCACUUUUUGGCAGGUCUCUGGCAGACAGGUUACAAUACAGUCAUUACAGUCUAACCUACCUACUGCCAUUUCAUUUAAACUAGAAUAAUAUGUUCAAGGUUGUCUAGAUUAAUAACAUGAAAGUCUUAAGGGUUUCUCACCUAAAAUUCUCACCAGAAUUCAAGGAGAGGUUUAGAUUUUUUUUCAUGUUGGUCUUAGAACAACAAGUGCUUAUAUGAGCAAUCAAGCAGUUCUUAGUUGUAGUAAUCAGAUCCUGUUGAGAUUGUCCAUUAAAAGAUUCUUUCCUAAAGUGAUUUCAGUUUAAUUGCUGGGAGAGAAAAUCCACAGUUCUGUGUAAAAUAGCUGUGCUUAACUGUUCAUAUGGCUUUCACUGAAUUCAGAUGGAGUUUUUUUAAUAGUCAGUUUGAACAGGAGGAAUAAUUACAGCAAGCAAACAUUGCUUUGAGACUAACAUAAGAAAAUGUGAACCUGUCCUUAAAGAAGUCAGCAGCACAUAAGUACAAUGGAAACAUCCAUCCAUUCUAUCACUCUGACCUUCAUUACAGCCACUAGAACCGGUUGUGUAAAACCAGCUGCACAGUCACCAGCCCAACGGUCUUCACCAGCGUAUGUGAUAUAAGAAGGACCUCCCACUCUACUGGUCUGUUUAAUGGACAAAUUUCAUUUUCAAGUAGGUUACAUGUGAAGUAUACGAGAACAAAACUGAAUGAAGUUUUUAUUUACUGAUUCUUUUUUUCUCCCUGCCACUGAAGUGUUUUAUGUCUGUACUGUACGUACUGUUGCCAAUGGUGCUGUACAUUACUGUUCUGUUAAUGCUUUGUACAAAUAGUUGUGCAAGAGAAAAACAACAGACUUGCUGUGUCAAAAGAGGGGAGGCCAUGUAUUGACAAGUGGUAUGUUUAUUUCUGAGUCUGUGUGAACUGAUACAUCUGUAGAUAUGGAAGGACGUGUGUUGUGAGGUGACUGAAUGACAGACUUUGACCUUCACUGUUAACAUGGCCAUCAUAUGAUAAAUGACUGUAUAAUUGCCUCAGACACAGUGAAAUGUCAGUGGGUUUUAGGAUUACAUCAGGUGCUAUCAGGUGCUAUUAGCUUUCUCCUAAGCUUAUUUUUGGGGAGCUGAGUAGAGGAGUGGUAAAACUGUCAGGCUGUAUUAAAUAAAAUGAGUCUGCACAUUAAUUAACGUUGCAUUUUCUAACAGUAAAGACCCUAUGUGUAGAAUUUUAAAAAUGACUGACUUUGGUAACUCCUAAAGUCACAAUGGGAGACAACAGUGGACACUUUAAAAAAAAAAACAAAAAAAACCUGCCACCAGAAUCAUUUUUACCUUGCUGUAAUAACAUAUUUCUACACAUAGGUUCUUUAAAUACCUAAUUAACAAUUGCAUUUGUAAAUGAGUUAUUUAUACUCUGUCCAUAGGAUAUAUUUUAUUAUCAGUCUGAAUCAUCAGUGUUUUAAUUUAUGGCUAACACAUGUUUAACUAAGUUAUGAAUAAAGGCAUGAAUGAAUUCUAUAUUAUGACCCGUCUCAGCUGUAGAACUUUAGUAAAACAUAUAUUGAGAUUUGUUAAUAUUAUUAUUAGUAUAUGGUUCAUAGAAGAAGCACUCAUGACAACUUUAAAUUUAGAUAUUUGUGCUUCAUUAAUAAAUUUCACCUUCAAGUGAAGUGAAAGCUCUUCCACUUGUGUUCAUGUCAAGUGUUGUUUAAUGGCUCCACAACAUAGGCCCAUCAAGGUGGUCUUCCACAAAGAAUAAAACUAAGUGUUUAACACAGUUUUUAUGAGAUGAAAUUGUGCUUCUUCUUUCCCACAUGAAGUAUCAGUGGUUUCCUAUAGAUUGGUAUUUUGAAAAAGUCUCUUAAUGAGCUAUCAGGCUGUGUAGUGCUGCAGACAGUUGGACAGUCUGGCUUCCUGAUGCAGGCUGCAUGCUGUGUAAGACAUGUGAUCACCAGUUUAGUGAGCAACACUCACACAUAUCAACAAGUAUUAUUUAAUAUAGAAUCCUUUCAUCUUCAUUUAGCUGUCCUGAAAAUUCUGAGGAGCAAAAAUGUACAAUAUAUUUGUGUUUCCUGCAGACACUUCAUUUGGACAAAAUGUCCAGUUUUUCAUCUGUUGUCUCGACAGCUGUGGGUCUCUAAAAGAAAUGGGUCUUCACAUAACAAAUGAAUUCAUGCCUUUAUUCCUGAUUUUUUGAAUGUAUGUGUUAUCUCAUGCUAGUUAGUACAACUUUCAAGUGUUGCUGAAGUUACUGUUAAUCAGUUGUUUUGUUAUAUCUCUGUCUGUCAUUAUGUAUCCAUGGUUUUUUGCUCAGAUCAACAACCUCUUUCAGCCCCAAGGUAAUAUGAUAACAUUUAAAACAGUGAUAUCUAAGGUAACUGUAAAAAGUCUGUAUAAAUGUGAAUGAUUUGAAUGAGAAUUUGCAAUAAAAUCCCUUUGUAUAUUUA